CAGCAGGAGGAAACAGUCUUGCUAAGCAUCCUAUUCUGCAGAUGGAGACCGGACAAAGUGGAACGAACUAAUACAUAUCAAAGGCAAGAAGGACAAUCAGGAGGGAGGAGAACUGAAGAGUAUUGUUGGAUGAGUGGGCUCGUUUCAUUUCCCCUUGAAUUGUGAAUCCUUCAAGCAAUUAGAGCGUCCCGAAAGAUCUCCGCCUCAAACAUGGGCCUCCCUACAUGGGCGCUGGCCUUGGUGGCCGUCUCUUUGCUCCAUCAACACGUUCACGGUGGACUCAUCAAGAGGAUUAUUCGGCAGAAGAGAGAGGCCGGGCUCAACGUCACUUUGCCAGAGGACAGCCAGCCUGUGGUUUUUAACCACGUCUACAACAUUAAGGUCCCUGAGGGCUCUCUUUGCUCUGUGGACCUGGACCCAGAAAGUGGUGACUCAGAACUCAAAUCUCAGAUCGAGCCAAGCAAACACUACCAGGAGCACACGUUGAACGAGGAAAACCAGAUUGUCUUCACGCAUAGGAUCAACAUCCCACGGCGGGCCUGCGGCUGUGCGGCAGCCCCUGACAUCAAGGACCUAUUAAGCCGGCUUGAGGAACUAGAAGGACUGGUGUCCUCUCUAAGAGACCAGUGUGCAAGUGGAGCUGGGUGCUGUCCCAGUGGACAAACAGUGGAAGGUCGCACUGACGCCACGCCGUACUGCAGCGGGCGGGGAAACUACAGCAACGAUAUCUGUGGCUGCAUCUGCGAAGCUGGCUGGAAAGGACCCAACUGCUCUGAAGCUGAGUGCCCCUGGAAUUGCAACGGCCGGGGCCGGUGUGUCCACGGCAAGUGCGUUUGCCACGAAGGUUACACCGGAGACGACUGCGGGCAGCUGACGUGUCCGGGAGACUGCAACGACCAAGGGAAAUGUGUCGACGGACGGUGUGUGUGCUUCGACGGGUAUGCCGGGGAGGACUGCAGCCUGGAGGUCUGCCUGGUCCCUUGCAGCCAGCACGGGAAGUGUGUGAACGGACAGUGCGUCUGCAAGGACGGCUUCGGUGGGGCGGACUGCAGCCAGCCCCUGUGCCUCAACAACUGCAAUAGCCGGGGCCGCUGCGUGGAAGAGGAGUGUGUGUGUGACGAGGGCUACACGGGCGAAGAUUGUAGCGAGCUGAUCUGCCCCAACGACUGUUAUGACCGAGGCCGCUGCGUCAACGGGACCUGCUACUGCGAAAGCGGCUUCACCGGGGAAGACUGUGGAGACGUGGCCUGUCCCAGCCAUUGCCACAACAAUGGCCUCUGUGUCAACGGGGUGUGCGUGUGUUACGAAGGGUUCACAGGGGACGACUGCGGGGACCGGAGGUGCCCCAAAGGCUGCAACAACCGUGGCCGUUGCGUCAACGGCCAGUGUGUCUGCAGCGAAGGUUUCUUGGGCCUGGACUGUGGAGAAGUGAGGUGCCCCAACGACUGCCACAACCAGGGCCUCUGUGUCGACGGCCAGUGCGUGUGUGACGAAAGGUUCAUGGGGGACGACUGCCGUGAGCUGCGGUGCCCCAGUGACUGCAACAACCGUGGCCGUUGCACCAACGGGCAAUGCGAAUGCGACGAGGGAUACAUGGGCGUGGACUGCGGGGACUUGAAAUGUCCCAACGACUGCCACAACCGGGGACGCUGCGUCAACGGGCAGUGUGUGUGCGACGAGGGCUUCGUGGGUGAGGACUGUGGCGAACUGCGAUGUCCCAACGAUUGUCACAACCGGGGACGCUGCGUGGACGGCCAGUGCGUGUGCGACGAGGCCUUCAGCGGGGUGGACUGUGGCGAACUGCGGUGUCCCAACGACUGUAACGGUCACGGCCGCUGCGUCGACGGCCAGUGCGUGUGCGACGAGGGCUACAUGGGAGAAGACUGCACUGAGCGGACGUGCCCCAGCGACUGCCACAACCGCGGCCGAUGCGUUGAUGGGGUGUGCGUGUGCAAUGAAGGCUUUGUGGGCGUCGACUGCCGGGAACUGGCCUGCGUGAACAAGUGCAGCGACCGAGGCCGUUGCGUGAACGGGCAGUGCGUCUGUAACGAGGGCUUCACUGGGGUGGACUGCAGCCAACGGCAGUGCCCCAAAGACUGCAGCAACCGAGGGCGAUGCGUUGACGGGGUGUGCGUGUGCGACGAGGGGUACCAGGGGCCCGACUGCAGCAAGCGGUCCUGCCCCAACGCCUGCAAUGAUCUCGGUCGCUGUGUCAACGGCCGAUGCGUCUGUGAAGAAGGCUACGUCGGCGAUGACUGCUCUGACAUAUCUCCUCCGAAAGAUCUGACAGUUACAGAUGUGACAGAUAAGACGGUCAACUUGAAAUGGAAGAAUGAAAACGUCGUCACUGAAUACCUUAUCACCUACAUCCCUACCGGCAUUGGUGGCUUAGAGAUGCAGUUCCGUGUCCCUGGCAACAAAACGUCGGCCACCGUCCGUGAGUUGGAGCCUGGUGUGGAAUAUUUCAUCCGUGUCUUCGCCAUCCUAAAGAACAAGAAGAGCAUCCCAAUUAGUGCACGGGUCGCCACUUAUUUACCCGCCCCAGAUGGCUUGAAGUUCAAAUCUGUUAAAGAGACAUCAGUAGAAGUGGAGUGGGACGCCCUGGACAUUCCAUUCAGCGGCUGGGAGAUUGUCUUCAACAGCAUGAAAGAGGAAGACAAUGGGGGAAUAAGGAGCAGCCUGAAGAGGCCUCAGACGUCGUAUCUGCAACCUGGCUUGGCCCCAGGACAACAAUAUAAUGUGUCUCUCUAUGUUGUGAAGAAUCAAACCAGAGGACCUGGCCUUUCUAGGGUCGUGACAACAAGGCUCGAUGCCCCCAGCCAGAUUGAGGCAAAGGAUGUUACAGACACCACAGCACUGAUCACAUGGUUCAAACCCUUGGCUGAGAUUGAUGGCGUUGAGUUGACCUUUGGACCCAAGGAUGCCCCAGGGGACCGGACAUCCAUUGACCUCUCGGAGGAUGAAAGCCAGUACUCCAUUGGCAAUCUGAAGCCAGACACAGAGUAUGAGGUGACACUAAUCUCCCGACGUAGAGAUAUGGAAAGCGAUCCCAUGACAGAAUCCUUCAUCACAGAUCUGGAUGCUCCCAAAAAUCUGAAACGCCUCUCUCAGACAGAUAGCACUAUCACUCUGGAGUGGAAGAACAGCCAAGCGACCCCUGAAAUGUAUAGGAUCAAGUAUGCCCCCAUUUCGGGUGGAGACCAUGCUGAACUCACAGUCCCCAGAAGCAACCAAGCCACAACCAAAGCUACACUCACAGGUUUGAGGCCUGGGACAGAAUAUGGCAUUGGUGUGACAGCUGUGAAGGAGGACAGAGAGAGCGCACCGGCCACCAUUAAUGCUGGAACAGAUCUGGAUAGUCCCAGGGACUUGGAGGUCACUGGUCCUACCGAAACGACGCUCACCUUGCGCUGGAAACGACCCCUGGCCAAAAUAGAUCGCUACCGCCUUACUUACGUGAUGCCAUCAGGGAGGAAGAAUGAAAUUGAGAUUCCUGCGGAUAGCACGUCUCACAUCCUCAGAUCACUAGAUGCCGGAAUAGAGUACAACAUCAACCUUGUGGCAGAGAAAGGCAGACACAAGAGCAAGCCCUCCACCGUGACCGGUACUACUGAGGAAGAACCUGAGCUGGGGGAUUUAUCAGUCUCCAGAGUUCACUGGGAUGGAUUCCAGCUCACCUGGACGGCAGCUGAAGGGGCCUAUGAGAGCUUUGUCAUACAGGUGCAGGAGUCUAACCGGACAGAAGAUGGAAGGAAACUCAACGUUCUGGGCAGCUUGCGAUCUGUCAAUCUCACCAGCCUCCUGCCAAAUACGCUUUAUUCGAUAACCCUCUAUGGUGUAACUCAGGGCUACAGAACCAAGCCCCUCUCGGUUCAAUCCACUACAGCAUUGAAGCCAGAAGUCGGCGAUCUAACCGUUUGGGGCAUUACUCCUGAAAGCUUCAACCUUUCCUGGACGACCAUCCAUGGAAUCUUCGAUACCUUUACCAUUGAAAUUAUUGAUUCUAACAGGUUGUUGGAGCCCAUGGAAUACAACAUCUCAGGCCAUUUAAAGACUGCUCAUAUCUCAGGGCUCUCUCCCAAAACUGAUUUCAUUAUCUACCUCUAUGGAAUCACACGUGGUUUCCGUACUCAGGCAUUAAGUGCCUCUGCUACUACAGUAGCUGCUGCACCUCUCCUUAGCAAACUCACAGUUAUCAAUACUACCUCUGAUGGGCUGUCCCUCACGUGGGAAGCGCAGGUCUCUGCCUUUGACCAUUUUCUCUUAGAAAUUAGAAACAUCCACCACCAGGCUCUGGACUCCCAGCUGCACACAGUGCCAGGGGACUUACGAAGCUUUGUCCUCACCAAUCUCAGACCGAACUCUAACUAUACCCUCCAGCUUCAUGGCCUGGUCAAUGGGCAAACGAGCCAGACUUUGACAACUCUGGCUACCACAGAGGUCACGCCACGGCUGGGCAUGCUUUCAUUCACAAAUGCUAACGCCAACACCUUCAACCAAUCCUGGACCAGAAGACAUGGGCCUUUUAUAAAGCUGGCUGUAAAUGUUAGAGAUUCCUAUCCAUCCCCGGAGCCUCAGAAGCUUGCAGUUUCAGGAGAGGCUCAUGACAGGCGUGUCCCUGACCCAGUAGAUUAUACUGAUUAUGACAUUAACGUUCAGGGCACAACCACAGACAGGGACCGAACUGACCCCAUCAUCUCUUUGGUGAUGACAGAAGUGUUGCCCUCACUGGAAAACCUCACUGUCUCAAACAUUAAUCCAUAUGGGUUUACAGUGUCCUGGAUGGCAUCAGAGGAUGCUUUUGACAGCUUUCUAGUCAUCGUGGUGGAUUCCGGCAAAUUGCUGGACCCCCAGGAGUUCCUCCUUUCGGGAGCCCAGCACCAACUGACACUUAGAGGUCUCAUUACUGGCAUUGGUUAUGAGGUUGUGCUUUAUGGUUUUGCUCACGGUCGCCAAACGAGGCCCUUAAGCGUCGUUGCUCUAACAGAAGCAGAACCUGAAGUGGACAACCUCCUGGUGUCAGACGCUACCCCUGAUGGUUUCCGUCUGUCUUGGACUGCAGAUGAUGGCGCCUUUGACAGUUUUGUUCUUAAAAUCAGGGAUGCCAACAGGUUAUCGGACCCUCUGGAGCUCAUUAUACCAGGCCACGAGCGUACGCAAGAUAUAACGGGGCUGAAAGAAGGCACUGAAUAUAGCAUUGAUCUGUAUGGAGUUACCAGUGGACGUCGAUCCCAGCCAGUAAAUGCAGUUGCUAUGACAGCUAUGGGAUCUCCCAAGGAAAUCACUUUCUCAGAUAUUACCGAAAGCUCAGCUAUGGUCAGCUGGACAGCCCCACGGACGCGUGUGGACAGCUUCCGGAUUUCAUACGUUCCAGUCACAGGAGGACCCCCUAACGCCGUGACGGUGGAUGGCAGCAAGAGUAGGACCAAAUUGACCAGACUGAUCCCUGGUGUGGAGUACGUUGUCAGCAUCAUCUCUGUCAAAGGCUUUGAGGAAAGUGAGCCCGUUUCUGGAUCUCUGACCACAGCUUUGGAUAGCCCAUCUGGGUUAGCAGCCGUGAAUAUCACAGAUUCCGAAGCCCUGGCUGUGUGGCAGCCAGCAAUCGCAGCUGUCGACGAGUACGUGAUUUCCUACGUCACCGACGGUGAGCCAGAAGUCACUCAGAGAGUCUUGGGAAACACUGUGGAAUAUGAUCUCUUUGGCCUCCGUCCAGCCUCGGAAUAUACACUUAGGAUCUACGCUGUGAAGGGACCGCAGAAAAGCACUAUUAUCUCUACCAAAUUCACAACAGGCCUUGAUGCUCCGAGGGAGCUGACAGCCACUGAUGUUCAGUUUGAAACAGCAAUGCUGACGUGGAGGCCACCCCGAGCCUCUGUCACAGGCUACCUCCUGAUCUAUGAAUCCAUCGACGGCAAGGUUAAGGAAGUUAUCCUGGGGCCAGAGACGACUUCUUACAGCUUGUCAGACCUGAGUCCAUCUACGCAGUACACGGUGAAGUUACAGGCGCUAAAUCGGAACUUGAAGAGCAAGAUCAUCCAAACCAUUUUCACCACAACUGGACUUCUAUAUCCUUACCCCAAAGACUGCUCCCAAGCUCUGCUGAAUGGAGAAUCGGUUUCCGGCCUCUACACCAUUUAUCUCAAUGGGAACCAGUCCCAGCCGGCGCAGGUGUACUGCGACAUGAGUUCUGAUGGAGGCGGAUGGAUUGUGUUCUUAAGAAGGCAGGAUGGAGCCGAGGAAUUCUACAGGAACUGGAGGACUUAUGAGGCUGGAUUUGGAGACCCCCAGGGUGAAUUCUGGUUAGGUCUGGAGAAACUCCACAAAAUCACUUCCCAGGGCCAAUAUGAGCUGCGUGUGGAUUUACGUGAUCACGGAGAGACUGCUUACGCCCUCUAUGAUAAGUUUACUGUGGGAGACGCAAGGACUCGCUAUCGACUGAAAGUGGAUGGCUACAGCGGCACGGCAGGUGAUUCCAUGACCUACCACAACGGACGGUCUUUUUCCACCUUCGACAAGGAUAACGACUCUGCCAUCACCAACUGCGCUUUAUCUUACAAAGGGGCGUUCUGGUACAAGAAUUGUCACAGAGUCAACCUGAUGGGUAGAUACGGGGACAACAGCCACAGUCAGGGCGUCAACUGGUUCCACUGGAAAGGACACGAAUACUCCAUCCAGUUUGCAGAGAUGAAACUGAGGCCCUACAGCUUUAGGAAUCUAGAAGGGAGGCGGAAGAGAGCAUAAAUCCUCCCCCAUCGGCUUGGCAGAGAGCGAGAGAGAGUGAGAGAGCGAAUGAGUGGGAAGA